AUGUUUUGCUCCAGUGCUAUCCUCCGGGGAAGACUCCCGAGGAUAGCCACCUUUGGACCACUCUCGCAAGCUCUUCCAGCAACUAGGCGCGGUCUACUUACUCAGAGCUAUGCGCGUGGUCCGACAGAGCCGCCGCUCUUCGAAUCUACGAUAGGACAGCAUUUUGCCAAUAUCGUUGACAAUUAUGGGGACAGAACAGCAGCCACCUACCUCGACCUUGACGCUCGGAGCAAUGCACUUGCGCGAGGGUUAGAAUCUGUUGGGGUCCAGAAAGGAGACCGCGUUGCAGUUAUGCUGGGAAAUUCAAUGGAACAUGCCACUGUACCAAUUAACCCAUCUUUCAAUUCGACUCAAGUAGUCGCAGCUCUUAGCCACCUUGGGACAAGCCACAUGAUCAUCAGCUCCGAAUCAAACCUCCCCCGAAGAGACCCAAGAAGCAAUAUGCCUCUCCUCAAACACCUCGUCCAAGAUCUCCAAAAGUCAAAGCUCGAGUCAGCCCUCGUCCCAACACUACAGAACAUAAUCCUCGUGGAGAACUCCAACGGCCGUAUCGACACUUCAGACUUCAAAAGCCUAACUCCCUACACCUCCAUCACAUCCUCCAACACCGCAGAUGGCAAGGCCUUACCCCCUCAAAACCUCUCCGCGUCAGAAGUCGUCAACAUCCAAUUCACCUCUGGCACAACCGCAAUGCCUAAAGCAGCCUGUCUUACGCACCGCUCCAUCCUCAACAACGGCGCCCAAAUCGGCGACAGAAUGCGCUUAACAGCACACGACACCGUCUGCUGCCCCCCUCCCCUCUUCCACUGCUUCGGCUCCGUUUUAGGAUACAUGGCCACAGCAACCCACGGCUCUGCCAUCGUCUUCCCAGCCGAGGCCUUCAACGCUCGCGCAACCCUCUCAGCUGUCCAGGAAGAGAAGUGCACAGCCCUCUACGGCGUCCCCACAAUGUUUCUCGAGGAACUAAGUCUCCUUGAAUCCGGCGAAAUGCCAUACGAAGGGUUCCAGCACCUCCGCACCGGAAUCGCAGCGGGGAGCAGCAUCCCCUCCGAGCUCAUGAAAAAGUUACACAAGGUGCUCAACCUCACAGAGCUAACCAUCUGCUAUGGAAUGACAGAGACAAGCCCCGUCUCUGCAAUGACGACGACUGACGAUCCCCUCGAUAAACGCAUCAACACUGUCGGCCGCCUCAUGCCCCAUGUCGAGGCUAAGGUCGUUGACCCCUCAGAUCAUAAUAAUAUCUUGCCCAUCAAUGCUCGCGGUGAGCUCGCUGUAUCUGGAUACCUCCUUAUGAAGGAGUACUGGGGCGACCCGGCCAAAACGGAUCUAGUUAUGCUCCGUGAUAAAGAUGGAAAAGUCUGGAUGCAUACCGGCGACGAAGCAACCCUUUCCCCGGACGGAUACAUCAGCAUAACAGGCCGAAUCAAAGACCUGAUCAUCCGCGGCGGGGAAAACAUCCACCCGCUCGAGAUCGAGAACUGUCUACUGACGUUCCCAGGCGUUGCAGACGUCUCGGUCGUCGGUGUGCCUGAUGAGCGCUACGGGGAGGUUGUGGCUGCAUUUAUUAUCACCAAGGCACAUCAGGAGGACGAGGCUGCUACGGGAAAUGAGAUUAGGGAGUUUGUUAGGGAUAACUUGAGUUCACAUCUUGUGCCGAAGUACAUAUUCUUCCUUGAGCCGACGGAUGCGUUUCCGAAGACGGCGAGUGGGAAGAUUCAGAAGUUUAAACUUAGGGAGACGGCGGUGAAGCUUCUGGGAGGGCAUCAUUAG